UCCUGAGGCCUGGAAGCGGGUCCGGCCCUCACCCUGCUUCCUGACUAAUAAUGUUGGAAAUUGGGCUUUCCCUUUCGCCUCAUCUGUAUGCAGUUAGUAAACAGAUUUAUUUGAACGCUUAAAUUUACUCGUUUUGAACUUUAGCUAUUAAAAUUCCCAAACUGAAUGACAGCAAGUACCCAUAACACCACAGGCAAAUAAUAUUUAAGCAUUUGGGGGAGACCACCUUAUAAACAUUGUUGUGGCUUUAUGGGAGCUAAUGGUUAGGUUUGCAGGAUGUGGUCUGUGGGAUUUGCCUUGUAGCUUCUGGUUGCCUUGUUAUACAUAAAUAGUGCAAAGUUUAUGGGUAAAAAUAAAAAUGCCAUAUGCAGUUAGGGCAGCAGUGGGAUUAUCUGCAGGAGCUGAGAGGCUGUGCUCACCCUCCGGGAAGAUUUGAAAGCACAAAUGCUAAAAGGUUAGGAUUUAACUAUGGCAGUGCGGUUCCUGAAGAAGGCAUCUGUGUGGUUAAAGAAGCGCAAGAUCACUUUGUUGGCUGUUUCUUGCAUGGGACUGUUUGGUGCAAACCUUUCCUAUCAUGUGUUUCCUGAUCAGACGUUCAAACUGUUGCAUGAGUGCUGGUCAGAGGGGCAGCCAGCUGAGCUUUCACAGAGGCUCUGUGGUGUCUUUCAGGAUGUCCUUCAAGAUACUGGUGUGAAGUCUGCUGACUCGUAUCGAGCCUUUGCAGCUUCUGGCUUCCACCCUGUGAGUGCUGGAAUCCCCUGGCUCCCUGCAGGCUCUUUGGUGGGCAUCCCUCCUAACUUUGAUAGCACAGCCGAGGACAAAAAAGGAAUAGUCAACCAUGUUGUUGUGAUCAGUGGCAAGGAAGUAGACUGGGAGAGCAACGAAGGAGUUGCUUUGAAGGAAGCUCUGACGUUUUCUCUUGAAGCUCAGAAGUUUGCCCUUGCCAGAGAAGUUAUGUAUUUGCAGAAUGGCAGCCCUAUAGCAAGUGCAGCUGUGGCUCCAACUUGCUUAGCUGGUACAUUUUUCUGUGGGAGGGGUAUAAAGCUACUUCUGGGUUUGUAUUCUGGCCCUGUGAUACUUCGUGGCAUCUGUAACCUCGUAACUGCGGCUGCUGGACUGAUGUGCUAUUACGUUUCUUACGACGCUCUGAUCUAUCACCUAGACUGCAAGGCUGACAGAAAGGCAGCUACUAUUUCCAAAGACUACGCCAGAGGUGGGGUUGAAUUCUAUGAUAAAAUCCUGUCCCGCAACAGAAUCUUUCGUGGUCUGAUGGGCAAACAAGGGAUGAAAAUUUAUGCCCCAAGUGGUAACCUGUUCCCAAGGCACUGGUUCAGAAUAAAGUAUACCCCAUACACUUACCGAAGAGAUUUGAUUGUUAAUAUUUUAAGAGAGCUCCAGGCAUAGGGAGUGCUUGAAUUUUAAACUUGUGAAUUGUGUAUUCUCUUGGAACACUGCUGUGCUGCCUUUUUUUUUUUCCCCUACAUCUUCGUGAUUAGAAUUUCAGGGUUUAUUUUUGCAUAUAGCUCGAACAAGUUGUUGCACAUUCUGUGAAUAAAGAAUUCUUUCUUAAAAUAUUAACGACUUGCUUCAAAAGUGCUCUGUGCUGUGUGCAUCUCAAAUCACAAGACCACAGAGGAGGAAAGCUUCUCGAACACUGAUCUGGAAGUUCUGCUGCCAGUGCAGUCUGGAAAAUUUAAAGGGUAAAAUGCGACAGAGAAUUUUAGGAGCAUUAUCAUUUAAUCAGGGUGUUUGUAUGUAAGUUUGCUGUUCCUUUUUGUAAAACAACCCAAAGAUUCUUCUGUAGAGCACACUACUUACACUGAACUUACAGUACGAACUUACAGUUCAUACUAAUACAGCUAGGUUAUUACCAACAUCUGUAUCAUUUUGCUUAAAUAGGUCUGGUAUCUACAUGGCUUGGUGACUGCAGUAGCUGAAUGUUUCUGAGCAGUGGCACUACGUAAUGUGACUGUCAUGGGUUGGUUGUUUUCUCACAAGUGGGAUAAGCAUGGUCAGGAGAGGGUUUCUUGUUUGCUUUGGUACAGAUUUUGUUUAAUUUAAAAAGCCAUGUAGAUGUAUGCCACCUUUUAUGUCAAAGAAGCCAAGGUGUAAGUCCAGCAUUUGUUGCAGAAUCUGGUAAGAUCUGUGAUGGAGAGUUGCCAAAGGAUAUCAUUCUCCUUUUUCAGACUAGUCUAAGGUUUUGUCUGCCAGAACCAAGCUUUGCCCAGGAUUACUAAUCUUCUUGAAAGGUCUUCUAGUGCAUGGCAGUAAACUUUCUGCUAUAGCCUCACCUUGAAGCUUUUAUGUGGUUUCCAAGGUGAUAGUUGUCAGACUUCGUAGUCCGAUCUUUUCUAUUGCAGCCCUCUUUUGUAUUGUUCCUUCCUGGUGAUAUCACAGCAGUUCUCAUCUCUCUUGUCAUUCUUACAGGAAAGUUCAAUUGCUUUGUACCAUAGUCACAGUUGUGCUGAGUGUCCUAUCUGCCCAGGUUUUGUCCUUUAUUCAUCUGCUACAAUAAUAACUGUCAUGCCUGUGUUUGCUCAAAACACUACUAAAUUCUGUUUUCUCAUUGAAUAAAGUUAUGUACUGGCUGUUCAAA